AUGAGUCUUGAACCACUUAGCGAAAGAAAACUUGCUAAAAAAUACCCCAAACGAUCAGAGUUAUUAAAAUCCUUAGGAAUAAAUAUUCUAAAAAGUUAUCCAAAUUCUCUUGCAAACGAUAUUACAAUACCAGAGCUAGAGAAUUGUCAUGAAUGUAAUGAAGAAAUUUUUUUAAAUCCGCCCAAAGCAUUUACUAUGUUAGUGUGUGGUCAUACUCUCUAUCACGACUGCCUUGAAAAAAGUAAUAGAGAUAAGCAAAAAACUUGCCCCAUUUGUUUCGUAGAUAAUGAAGGACCGGCGUCAGCUGAAGUUCAGAACAUAGAUAUGACAGAGGCAGUGGAAGGUGAAAGUGAAGAAACCUCUAAUCUAACAGGAGAG